UUACCGAUACGACCGAUACCAAUGUGGAAGUGAACAAAACAAAAAAUAACAAUAACAGCGAUAACAACAAAAGCCAACUCAAAAUGCACAAUAAACCUAAAAAACGAAGCAAAGUCAAACCAUUUUUAUGUAAGGCAGUUCUUAAUAAGUCGCUUAUAUCAAAAAUGGAGUGCCAGGAUGUCAUUGCGAUGGUUAAUAUGUUAGCACAACGAUACGCUGUAUUGUUUAUUGAUUAUGACCAACAGGUCAUGGCCCGCUUUGUUGCACUGUUGAAUGAUAUGCACGGAUCACCAUUCCCACAAAUGGAGCUAACUGGAUCCGACUUGUCUUUUACGCGACGACUAAUCCGGGGACAAAUGCCGGUACUGAUAUCAAGUGUGGAACGAGAAUUGCCGCAAUUCGCGGAAGAGCUUGGUGCAGUCGAUUGGAAGUUGUUGUUUGGCAUCGUUGAUAUCCCGUUGAGAGUGGUCGUCACAGCUCCAAGCGACGAAUCCAGUGAAUCCAGCCCUGACAGUGCUGCUGUUUCAAUGGAUUCGGCAAAGAUCGUAUUGUCCGAUGUUGAGUAAUUCGUUUUGAAAAAUUGAAUACGGAUAACAAUGUGAACGGAUAAAUUGAAUCGAUUUUUUGAUCUUAAAAUAA